UGCUGAGAACAGGAGCAUUUGCGCAGAUAGUCUGCGCUGCGCUGCCUUCAACAGACACACAGCGUUUCAGCCGGGGAAGUUUGUUGUCGUUGAAGUCUUUUGUCCCGCUGCCGAGCAAUCCGCCUGCAAAUUGUCUGCAAGGAGCAGGGCAAGCGACAGCUGCUUACCGGACUCGUGUCAGCAUCAGGGAUUUAACAUGGUGAUCAAAGUGUACAUAGCAUCGUCCUCUGGAUCCACUUCGAUUAAAAAGCAGCAGCAGGAUGUGAUGGGCUUCCUGGCGGCCAAUAAGAUCGAAUUCGAGGAGUGCGACAUUGCGGCCAACGAGGCCAACAGGAAGUGGAUGAGAGAGAAUGUUCCGGAGGAGUCCAGGCCAGCCACGGGGAACCCUCUCCCCCCACAGAUAUUUAACGAAAGCGAAUAUUGCGGGAACUAUGAGGCCUUCUUCGACGCCAGAGAGGACAACGCCGUGUAUGCAUUUCUGGGUCUGACUGCUCCCCCGGGCUCAAAGGAGGCUGAGGCUCUAGCAAAGAAAGCACAGCAGUAGCAGCUUUGCACCGUUUUUACCUGGAACCUCAGGCCUAGACGUAAAACCCAGACCUGGACCCAGACUGACCUGGAACUGAUCCAGAGAAUAAAAAGAAGCAACAUUUCACUCUGCUUAUAAAUAUGUGGACAGUUUUGAUUUACUCUUGUCAAUACGUUUUUAAUUUUAAUUUUUUUUUAAAUCUGUGUUCAGCUGUGCCUUGUCAGCCGUAGUGAAAGGAGGUACUAAAGCAGAGCAUUAUGGGUAUCUACAAACAGCUCUGCUUCCUCCCAUUAACCUCAGCCUGCUAAGCCUAUUGGCCUAAUGACUUGUCAAUCAACCAUUAGCAUGAACGUGUAGCGUCCAGUUUGAGAACAGAUCAUCAGAUACAACAAAGUGUACAAAACACAGAUUCAUCAUUUGGCCCACAUCCAUUUUAACAUUAGACCAUAAAACAUUAUCACCAUUUAUUUAACUCAACAGGUUUAAUUAGUACUAGUGCUAUGAGUAAUUAGAGUCUUAUCUGUUGUAUCCUGGAAACACUGAGUCACAUGUUGUGCUCCUGCCAGUCAUGUCUUGGCCAAAACUGCAGGACCUUCUGUAAAAGUUCCCUCCUACAAUCCCAUUCUUUGUUUUUAUUUACUUUAAAAUUUAAAAUGUAUUUACUUUAAAAUAGUCUUUAUUUACUUUAAAAAAGUCUUAAUGCUGUUUUAAUAGCAAACGUUUUUCUACGAGAUGAUAUAUGUUUAAAAAUUAUAAUACAUACAAGUCUGCAAACAUAAAGGGAUGUGAAAUUGAGUUUUUUAAAUUUUAUUUGUUGUUUUUAGGGGAGCUGUUUUGUUUCGCUGUAAGCAUCCUGUUACACAUUGUGUUGAUAAUCCCUGUCUUACAUAAGUUGAUGUCUUCCCUAAAAUAAAAUAAAAAUAAGACUGCAAAUAAAACUGCAAGCCUGACUGCUUGGUUGUUGCCAUGAAGUAAGAUUCAAUACUGACACGGUCAAACAAAUUCUGCCUUCUUAUAACACUGUUAUUUUUAUGCACAAUAAAUCAUUCAAGUUCA